AUGGCGAGCGGCGUGAAAUCCACCGCCAAGGUGAACAAAAAGCUCGUGGUCGUCGGGGAUGGUGGCUGCGGCAAGACGUGCUUGCUGAUUGUAUACUCGCAGAACCGUUUCCCCGAGGAAUACGUGCCGACCGUGUUUGAGAACUAUGUGCCGGUCGUCGAGUUUCGCGGCCAGCUCGUCGAGCUGGCGCUGUGGGACACGGCCGGGCAGGAAGAGUACGACCGGCUGCGUCCCCUCAGCUACCCAGAAACGGAUGUGAUCCUCAUAUGUUUUGCUGUCGACUAUCCGACGAGCAUGCUGAAUGUGCAAGACAAGUGGCUGCCCGAAAUCCUGCACUUUUGUGAGGGCGUGCCCUUCCUCCUUGUGGGUCUCAAGACAGACCUGCGCCAUGAUACCACCGCUCUUGCGCUUCUCUCAGCGCAGGGCAUCCAGCCCGUGUCGCGCGAGCAGGGCGAGCGCCUCGCUGAAACCAUUGGUGCGCGCCAAUAUGUCGAGUGCUCGGCGCGAACGGGCGAGGGCGUCUCGGCCGUCUUUGAUGCUGCGCUCGACGCAGCGAUGCGCGAGCGCAAGUGGAAAAGCCGCUGGCGCCAGCGCAAGUGUGCGUUAUUAUGA